GGCUUUUUGCUUCCCUCAUGAGCCAUUGUUUCGCGCUUAGAUUCAACGACUGUGGACGGCUUUUCGCUUCACCCAGGAGUCGUAUUUCCGGGGGAAUUCCAAAUUCAGCAUGGUUCUUAGGUGGAGUUUUUUCUGGGCUUAAAUAGAUCAAACUUUUGCUCUCUUCAUCCUUGACGUGCAACUACAUAACUAGACAUACAACACUUCGAUGGGUCAUCCUGUUUCUCAUGAAGCUAAAAAUAAGGAAAUGGACAUCGCCAGGUCUCCUUCGUCUCGUCGCCAGACUGAGAAUGCACCAUACGUUUACAAGGUGGGAUAUCCCCCAAGGAAGAAGUUGGUGAGAGAGUUCACAGACACAUUGAAGGAAGCACUGUUUCCAGAUGACCCUUUACGCCAAUACAGGGACCAACCAAGAUCAAGAAAGUUGAUGCUAGGCCUAGCAUACUUGUUUCCGAUUUUUGAGUGGGGAAGGGGCUACAACCUAGUCAAGUUCAAAGGAGACAUUAUUGCAGGACUGACCAUUGCAAGUCUCUGUAUUCCUCAGGACAUCGGGUAUUCGAAACUUGCUAACUUGGAUCCACAAUAUGGACUCUACUCUAGUUUUGUGCCGCCACUGAUCUAUGCUGCUAUGGGGAGCUCCAGAGACAUCGCUAUUGGACCAGUGGCGGUUGUAUCUCUCCUGAUAGGAUCCCUUCUCCAAGAUGAGGUUGAUCCAGUAAAAAAUAAGGAGGAAUAUUUACGGCUUGCAUUCACAGCAACUUUCUUUGCUGGUAUUACCCAGGCAGCACUUGGAUUUCUGAGGUUGGGCUUCCUGAUUGACUUCCUAUCUCAUGCUGCCAUUGUUGGAUUCAUGGGUGGUGCAGCCAUCACGAUUGCCCUCCAACAGUUAAAAUUAUUAUUGGGUAUACAGAACUUUACGAAGAAAACAGACAUUGUUUCUGUCAUGAGUUCCGUGUGGGGUUCGGUUCAUCAUGGGUGGAACUGGCAGACGAUACUCAUAGGCACAGGCUUCUUGGCAUUCCUUCUGACUACUAAGUACAUAGGAAAGAAGAACAAGAAGCUCUUCUGGAUUUCUGCAAUUGCCCCAUUGAUCUCUGUCAUAUUGGCCACAUUUUUUGUGUACAUUACCCAUGCUGAAAAGCACGGCGUUCAAAUAGUGAGGCACCUAAAAAAGGGCAUCAAUCCAUCAUCCUUCAAUAAGAUAUACUUUACUGGUUCAUAUGCUGGGAAAGGUUUUAGGAUAGGCGUUGUCACUGGAAUGAUAGCCUUGACGGAAGCGACAGCCAUCGGAAGAACGUUUGCUGCUUUGAAGGACUAUCAGUUGGAUGGAAACAAAGAAAUGGUUGCAUUAGGAACAAUGAAUAUUGCUGGAUCGAUGACUUCCUGUUAUUGUGCAACAGGCUCUUUCUCACGAUCAGCGGUCAAUUACAUGGCUGGCUGCCAAACACCGAUCUCCAACGUAGUAAUGUCAACAGUAGUAUUUUUAACCUUGCUGCUGAUCACUCCACUCUUCAAAUACACUCCAAAUUCCAUCCUUGCAUCUAUCAUCAUUACGGCUGUGAUUGGCCUUAUUGACUUCGAAGCAGCAUAUCUUAUCUGGAAGACUGAUAAAUUUGACUUUGUUGCCUGCAUGGGAGCAUUCUUUGGUGUAGUGUUUAAGUCAGUUGAGAUUGGCCUUUUGAUUGCUGUCUCACUAUCAUUUGCAAAGAUCCUACUUCAAGUAACAAGACCAAGAACAGCGUUGCUUGGAAAUCUUCCAGGUACUACGAUAUACAGGAACAUCGAACAAUACCCAGAGGCAACCAAAGUUCCAGGAGUCCUGAUUGUGAGAGUUGAUUCUGCUAUCUAUUUUUCCAACUCCAACUAUGUUAGGGAGAGAAUUUUGAGAUGGUUAACAGAUGAAGAAGAGGAAAUCAAGGAGAGAGAACUGCCUAGAAUCAAUUUCUUGAUCGUGGAGAUGUCUCCGGUGACUGAUAUUGAUACCAGUGGCAUCCAUGCCUUUGAAGAAUUGUUGAAGAGCCUGGAAAAGAGGAAGGUUCAGCUUACACUUGCGAAUCCCGGGCCUGUAGUGAUCGAAAAGCUCCAGUCAUCCAAAUUCACAGAGCUGAUAGGCAAUGAUAGGAUCUUUCUCACGGUUGCUGAUGCUGUCAUAAGUUGCAUCCCCAAGGCAAUGGUUGAUGUUUGAAGAAAAUGUCCGGCCUCCCUCAGCUUCUCAAAACAAAAAAAAAGGAUGUCUGAAGAAAAUGGAGACUUGUUUUCCAUUCAUGUACUAUAACUGGGACAGGGGUUGGUCUUGUAAACCUGUUUCUGUACGCCUCUAUAUCUCCCCUCUGUCAAUCUGUAAACUUUUCUAAUAACAAAGUUGGGGGAAGCA